GUGCGCCUCUCGUGACCGGGUAUAAAUAACAGGUGCACGAGCUCGAGAACUCAAUGCACGAGCGAUAUUGAUGAUGACAACAUGAGCGGACGAGUAGGAGACCUCAGUCCCAAACAAACCGAGGCUUUAGCACAGUUUCGGGAGAAAAUAGCAGAUGUGUUUGAUCAACUGUCCAAUCAAACCGACCAUUACCUUCUCCGGUGGCUAAGAGCUAGAAGCUUCAAUGUCCCAAAGGCUGAGGCAAUGCUUAGAAAGCAUCUGGAGUUUCGCAAGCAUAUGAAAGUAGACAUGAUCAUUGACGACUGGAGGCCACCUGAGGUCAUCGAGCGCUAUGUGGCAGGUGGAAUGUGUGGCUAUGAUCGUGAAGGAAGUCCAAUCUGGUACGAUAUCAUCGGCCCUCUUGAUCCGAAGGGCCUCUUACUGUCGGCUAGCAAACAAGACUGCCUUAGAACCAAAGUCAGGGAUGCUGAACUUCUACGACAAGAGUGUGAGAAGCAGUCUAAAAAGCUUGACAAACACAUUGACUCAAUCACCAUCAUUUAUGACUGUGAAGGGCUUGGCAUGAAACAUCUCUGGAAGCCAGCUGUUGAGUUGUACGGUGAGAUUCUGACUAUGCAUGAAGAGAAUUAUCCCGAGAGCCUAAAAAAGGUGCUUUUAAUCAAAGCCCCCAAACUCUUCCCUAUUGCAUACAACUUGGUCAAACACUUCUUGCGUGAGGAAACAAGGCAGAAGAUUGCUGUGCUGGGUUCCAACUGGAAAGAGGUGUUGAGGAACUAUGUGGAUGCAGAUCAGUUACCUGUGGUUUAUGGAGGCUCCAUGACUGAUCCUGAUGGAAACCCUCUCUGUAAGACCAUGUUACAUUAUGGUGGUGUAGUGCCAAAGUCCUACUAUGUACGAGACUCUGUCAAAGUGCAGUAUGACCAGUGCGUCACCAUUAGCCGUGGCUCUUCAUACCAGCUAGAUUAUGAGGUGCUCUUUCCAAACUGCUUGCUACGAUGGCAGUUUGCAAGCGAAGGGUCUGAUAUCGGUUUUGGAAUUUACCUGAAGACAAAAGGGAAUGAGUCAAAUAAAGUGGAAGCCAUGCAGGAAAUACUGCCUACCGAGCGUUACAAUGCCCAUCUAGUUCCAGAGGAUGGAUCCUACACCUGUGAAGAACCAGGCAUCUAUGUGGUUCGAUUUGACAACACUUACAGUGUGAUCCAUUCAAAGAAGGUCAGCUUCACCGUGGAUGUGCUUCUACCUGAGGGACACACAGGAAAACAGGCAUAAAGCCCGACUGGAAUCAGAUGUAUAUCCAGAAAAUGAUAAGACUACAUCACUACUACAAUGUGUGGAUGUCAUUGACCACAGGAAAUUAGAAGUACUACAUUAGGGUUUUUUAAUUUCACAGUUUUUAGAUAAUUUUAUAAAAUAAGUAUUAUUAUAGAUAAUUAUGAAUAGCGAUUGCACACGGACAGUCCCUGAAAAGAUGUUGCAUGAACUUUCCGAUAUUUGAAUUACAAUUGUGUAUGACAAAUGGAAGCAGAUAUAGACUGAUGGGGACUAUUUUGGUCAGUAUAGAGAACUUCCUUUCUUAAUGUGAAAUAAUUAUAAUUAUGGCCUAAUCAGAUUAUCUCUCAAUGAAUAUGUCACUGAAUGG